GCUGAUUUAUUCAAAAUGUUUUUAAAGCAACUGGCUCAUAAACUAGUCGACAAUCUCCACCGGGAGGUGUCAAGAUCCUGUCGUAAACUCCACAUCAACGUAAAACCGCAUAACAAAUCAAAAUGCGAAAAGAGUGACACAAAAUAUCCGAUGAUCGAUCACUGCUACGAUUGCGUAAUCGUGGGAGCUGGUGGAGCUGGUCUUCGUGCAGCUUUUGGUCUUGGGAGUAAAGGGUAUCGAGUAGCUGUGGUAACGAAGCUCUUUCCAACGAGAUCUCACACAGUGGCAGCCCAGGGCGGAAUCAAUGCUGCUAUCAGCAACGCGGAGCCUGAUAACUGGUUAUUUCACAUGUACGACACUGUCAAGGGGUCAGACUGGCUGGGAGAUCAGGAUGCCAUCCAUUAUUUGACUCGGGAGGCACCGAGAGCUGUUUACGAGUUGGAGAAUUACGGCUGUCCAUUCAGUCGAACAGACGAUGGAGAAAUCUACCAGAGAGCAUUCGGUGGUCAGUCAUUGGAUUUUGGAAAAGGUGGACAGGCCCAUCGGACAUGUGCUGUAUCCGAUAGAACAGGGCAUGCACUAUUGCACACACUCUAUGGUCAAAGUUUGAAGUACGAUGUCCACUACUUCGUGGAGUAUUUUGCGUUGGAUCUGCUGAUGCAGGGGAGUCAGUGCAGAGGUGUCAUAGCUUGGGAGCUGGAGACAGGACUGAUGCAUCGGUUCAGGGCUCAUCACACGAUCCUGGCAACUGGUGGCGCAGGAAGAUGUUUUUUCUCUUGCACUGGAGCUCAUGCCUGCACUGGCGAUGGUGCAGCGAUAGCCUCCAGAGCGGGAUUGCCACUUCAGGAUAUGGAAUUCAUACAGUUCCAUCCGACGGGAAUUUAUGGGAGUGGUGUAUUGGUUACUGAAGGGAGUAGGGGUGAAGGUGGGAAGCUCAUAAAUUCAGAGGGCCAGUUUUUCAUGGAAAAAUAUGCACCCAAUGCCAAAGAUCUCGCUUCCAGAGACGUCGUUUCACGUGCCAUCACUCUCGAAAUUUUGGAGGGGAGAGGAGUUGGCGACAAGAAAGAUCACAUGUACCUCCAGCUGCACCACCUCCCAGUGGAAACGAUUCGAUCGAGACUUCCAGGAAUUUCCCAUCUUGCGUGGGUGUUCGCAGGAGUGAACUGCGAGAAGGAACCGAUCCCUAUUAUUCCCACAGUCCAUUACAAUAUGGGUGGAAUACCGACUAAUUGGAGGGGUCAAGUUAUAACCCGAAAGAACGAAGAGGAUUGCCCAGUGGAAGGACUCUGGGCUGCAGGUGAAACUGCAUCUACUUCGGUCCAUGGAGCUAAUAGACUUGGGGCCAAUAGUCUUCUUGAGAUCGUCCGAUUUGCGGGACGAAAUGCAGAGGACGAUGCAACAGUUUUGCGCGGUUUUUAGGACUUGCUCGAUACUCCAGAGGGGAUGCAGAGAGAUGACGAGACUUUAUACGUGUGUCUUGCCGGAUAUUAACGUCCAGGACGAGUCCCUGAUUUGGAACACCGAAUUGGUAGAGGCAUUAGAACUGCAGAAUAUGAUGCUGUACAAUAUGCACACAGUGUUUGCAGCUGAGAAUCGAAAAGAAUCGAGAGGAGCGCACGCAAGAGACGAUUAUCCGGAUCGAAUUGAUGAAUACGAUUACAAGAAACCGAUUGAGGAACAGGUCAGACGGCCCCUGAUGGAGCACUGGAGAAAGCACACCCUGACUUGGGCCCUGGACGAUGGCUCGAUGUGCAUUUCCUAUCGUCCGGUUAUUGACACAACCCUCGACGAAGAAGAAGCGAAACACGUGCCCCCAGCUAUCCGCGCGUAUUAAUUCUCCGGUUUAAACGAUUCGCCGAAUCAAUUAUCAUCAUGAAGAGUUGAUAACCAACAAGUCAAUACAAAUCGAAUCUGGGGUGACCCGGGAGAGCCGCCGUCUCGAUAUCCUUAUCACUCAAUUAUGGGGAUUAUCACGCGUUAAUUAGAGGAGAGAAUCUGACAUUAUUUACACAAGUAAGAUUGUUAAUUAAAGAAAACAAUAAAUUUUCAAAUUCUGAGGAUUUUCAUUGUAUCGUACUAUGGAAAAGUUAUCCGUUCCUAUUUACUAAAUAUAUUAAGUAUAUAGAAGGGAUGCUGGGGCAAAAUGGACGCCCAUGAAGAAAUGUUCCUCUCAAUUUUUUUACGUUUUUAAAUAUUUAAACAAAACGUAAAUAAAUAAAUUGAGGAUUUAGCAGUUAGUCGAUGGAUGAACUGUCGACUGGAAUUCUCCAAAAAUAAAAAAAUGUAAAUAAAUCAAUAAAUACUCGCUAAUGAUAAUAAUAAUGACAAGGCACAUCAACGGAUGGGGUCAAAAUUCUAAUUGGC